AUGCAAAACGGUGAACACCAUAAAAUCUCAAAUCAUUUAAAAAAGGAGUAUAACCACCAAGAGAAAAUAUUUAGUUUAUGGGGAUUUAUUAUCAGUUAUAUCGUUUCCAAAGGAGGAAUUGUUACUGUUAAACUACCAACAAGAAAAAAGGUUAUUGAUAAGAGAAACGAAAUGAAAUUGGUCUCUGUUGAAGUUGAAGGACAUCUUUGGACAGACAAAAUAUUUCGUGAACAGAUUACAGCUCUAACUAAUCAACUUCAAAACAAAGAAGCUGUUAAACGAUAUCUAAACAAAGAUGUUCAUGAUCUGUUUAUGAAUACUCUCACACAAUGGUGCAAAAUAAGAGGAGCCCAAGAUGGAAUCAUAAUAAAUACCAAAAUAUCAAAAAUUCAAACAGCCAAUACAUAUAGAAGUAGUCCUAAUGAAUUUAUUAACACAAUUAAUGAUAAUGGAAUAAUUUACACAAUAACAGAUAUCAAAGCAAAGUAUGGAGAAUGGUUAAGACAUGUCCUUGAAUACUUUAAUUAUUCAACACGUCACCAAUUAGUAAUAUCUUUGGCGACAUUACCAUAUCAGUUACAAAAUGCAAUAACGACAUUUGGAUUGCAAGAAAAAAUUGUCCAACCAAAUCAAACAAUUAACUCUAAUUCAAUAGAUGGAUAUUUCGAGUUAUUUGACCAAAAUGGAUGUUCAACGAUAUCAAAAUUUAAAUUCUUCAUACCUUUUAAUAUUGAAGAGAAGUUACAACCAUUGGUGUUCAAAUAA